UUGUUUGCUGAAUUUUGGAGAGCAGAGGCUAUAUCUCAUCAAAUGUGUUUUAAGGCUAUCGUAUUUUCCCUACCAAUAGACUGGUCGGACGGCGGACUGUAAAUCACUGUCAUUCAGAUGGAAAUAACUCAGAAACUGUAAUUGAAAUAAUACAGAAAAUAAAGGGUACUCUAAACUCAAGAUAACUGUCAUUUCAUGAGAACAUUUAAGAUCUAACCGCGCCUUAUUUUUCAACCGUCUUUAUUUCUGCCUUUUAUAGUUGGAUCGAGUGCUGAACUGUUGGUAUUGAAGGUUACCUCGUGCGUACUGCGUAAACAGCGCGGGGACUACAGGGAUUCUCCUCUGGUCUCAGGCAGUAGGCUGCACACCAUCCUCAGCACGCUAAAUGAAUAUAUCUUGAACCUUACCAGAGGUAUAGAAAAGGAAAAAAUGUAAACAUGAUUUGGAUAUUGUAAAACAAUGUUUUGGUGAAUAGCGUCCAUAACGCCUUUGGUGGCGCAACUUCUCAUUUGCUUUUGAACAGACUCGAUAAACAAUUUGAGAACUGUGAGCAGAAUGCACUGCCAAACAGAGGACAUCCAAAACGGUGAAUGUGGAUUUCUUUGGAUUUAAAAUAAUAGGUCUACCUGCAAGAGUAGUGACUCUGUUAUACUUAUGGCGUGAAGGUAUGAAGAACACAAGAUCAAAACAGCGGACUCCAUUCAAACCAAUGAUAGUUUGGCCCGUCGCUGGCCUUUGUCACUCACAGCAAAUGGAUGUCCUUGCACAGUAUGCCUACAAUGAGAGUUUCUGGGACAAUGGGAAUGGAAGCUUGGAUGACACCGAGAGUGUGCAGAAGCACCCGUACAAUUACUACGCCAUGCUCCUAACGCUGCUCAUCCUGGUCAUCAUCUUUGGCAAUGUGCUGGUGUGCAUGGCCGUGUCCAGGGAGAAGGCCCUCCAGUCCACCACCAACUACCUGAUCGUCAGCUUGGCUGUGGCGGACCUGCUAGUGGCCUCCUUGGUAAUGCCCUGGAUGGUGUAUCUAGAGGUGGUGGGAGAGUGGAAGUUCAGUAAAAUCCACUGUGACAUCUUCGUCACCCUGGAUGUUAUGAUGUGCACGGCCAGCAUCCUCAAUCUCUGUGCCAUCAGCAUUGAUCGAUAUACAGCAGUCGCUAUGCCGAUGCUGUACAACACUCGCUACAGCUCCAAAAGACGGGUCACUGUUAUGAUCUCGGUGGUGUGGGUUCUGUCCUUUGCAAUAUCAUGCCCCCUGUUGUUCGGCCUAAAUAACACAGCAACCCGUGACGAGGACCUGUGCAUCAUUGCCAACCCGGCUUUCGUGGUGUACUCCUCCAUUGUGUCCUUCUACAUUCCUUUCAUCAUUACUCUGCUGGUCUAUGUGCAGAUAUAUGUGGUGCUUCGGAAGCGGCGGAAACGGGUGAACACAAAGCGCUCAUGUCAAGCGACUGAUGACCAGAACAUGGGCCCCACCUUAAAGGGAAAGUGCACUCUCCCUGAAGAUGUGAGGCUGUGCACUGUGAUUGGGAACCCUAAUGGGAGUUUUCCAGUCAACAAGAAAAAAAUUUUCAUCAAAGAGGUAGCCCAUGAAGGUGAUGAUAUGGAGUUGGACGAGUUGACCAACCGCAAGAAACAGAUGCAUGCAGACAGUUCUUCCGCCAUGCCUGUCAGCGAUAAACCCAUCUCACCAACCAAGGCCAACACUAGCCCUAACUCCCCACCCCAAUCCCUGCCUGAGGGCCCGCUUAAAGCGGAGAAGAACGGAGAAUCAAAGGAUGCUGUAGCUGAAGUGCCUAAAGUAGCUAAAGCAUUUCAGACUGAGGCCUUAGCCAAUGGCAAAACCCAGACUUCUAUUAAACAGCAAGCCACUCUCAUGAGUAAGCGGAAGAUUUCCCAACAGAAGGAAAAGAAAGCCACUCAAAUGUUAGCCAUAGUUCUGGGUGUAUUCAUCAUUUGCUGGCUGCCUUUCUUCAUCACUCACAUAUUGAACACCCUCUGCACUACAUGCAAGGUUCCUCUAAAGAUGUACAACGCGUUCACAUGGCUGGGAUAUCUGAACAGUGCGGUGAACCCCAUCAUAUACACCACUUUUAAUAUAGAGUUCAGAAAAGCUUUCAUCAAGAUCCUGCAUUGCUAAGAUUAGCAUUAAAGGAGAAGCCGGAAUAAAGACAAGCAUCAUAUGCUAAUAAAAUAUAAAUAUCACCCAAGUGAGGAUAGUGAUCAUGACCAUGCUUCUCAGUGACGGUCUUUGAGUCAGUUGGUAAAUGCCAUACCGGAAGACUUGGGGACUUCAUGGAUUCAUUGGCGGCUUCAUAUUCUCUCGAAUGAAUGUAUAAUGAGGAAUAAUGUCUAUAUCAAUAAACUGUUUCUUGGACAAUGUUGUUUUGGUCUUAACCAUUGUGCUUGUCACAACCAUGUAAGGAAAUGUAAAAGAGGCACAAGAAGAUGUGUUCAGAGCCAUUAAAGCAAACCUGCGUAAUAUGUGUAUAUGAUGUAUUUUGAUCAUGGACAAACGGCGAAAUAUCAACAAAUCAGUGUUCAACUCGGUAUUUAAACUGAUCAUAUUAAAUUGGUGAUCUACUGUUGUAAGAUCCCUGCAGCUUUUAACCACCUACAGAAUGGAAUGUGUAUUAUAUAGAGAGUACAACUUUUGACUCAUGGUUAUGGUGAAGUCCCCUUGAGAAGAGUGAUACAUGAAAUCAUAAUGGUUAUUAUUAUUCAAAUACAAAAACCCAUUACAGCAUCCCUGGUCAAGUGUUCCUAUACAGCUAGAAGGGCCAGCAAUAGGGUUUUUGUACAGUUAAUAUAACUUGAUGUAUAUGCUUUUUAUAAACACAUUCAAUGUGAUUGUAUGCCUGCAAUGAAAAUGUGAUGCAUGUUACAUUGCUCCUCUACAUUCUCAUGAAAUGUAAGUUUGAUGAAAAAAAACUGAUGUCCAAUAAAUUA